AUUUUGCUGUUCAUUGUUAUUAAAGCAGCUGUGAGUAACGGUUCGUGAAAAUUGUGAUCGGAAGUAAAAUAAAAAGGAACGUGAAAAUAAAAAGUUUAAUAAAUACUAAGUGUACAAAAUCAAGUAUUUUUGUUUACCAAUCAUUUACGAUAUAUAUAAAUACGUGUAUUUUUGGUGCCAAUAGUCAAGUUGGAAAGCGCGAAACUUGAAACGGUCUUAUCAAGCACACGAAAUAAUAAAUUUAUUAACUAGUGAUAAAAGGAGGCACAAUAUGAAUUUAUCCUUUGCUGGAUGCGGUUUCCUGGGAAUAUACCAUGUCGGUGUUGCUGUCUCCUUCAAAAAAUACGCUCCGCAUCUACUUCUAGAAAAAAUUGGUGGAGCCUCGGCGGGCUCCCUUGCAGCAUGCUGCCUGCUAUGCGAUUUGCCACUAGGCAGCAUGACAUCAGACUUUUUUCGUGUGGUAAACGAGGCUCGUCGUCAUUCCCUUGGACCAUUUAGUCCGUCAUUUAACAUACAAACUUGUUUGCUAGAAGGACUCCAGAAACAUCUCCCCGAUGACGCACACAAGCGCGUCAGCGGGCGCCUGCACAUCUCUUUAACGCGCGUUUACGAUGGAAAGAAUGUGAUAAUUUCUGAUUUCCAUUCACGCAAAGAAGUGUUGGACGCCCUACUUUGUGCCUGCUUUAUUCCUGGCUUUUCCGGAAUUUUGCCGCCGCGAUUUCGUGGCGUGCGCUAUAUGGAUGGUGCAUUUUCAGAUAAUUUGCCAAUACUGGAUGAAAACACAAUCACUGUAAGCCCUUUUUGCGGCGAGAGCGAUAUUUGUCCACGGGACCAGAGCUCCCAAUUAUUCCAUCUAAACUGGGCCAAUACAAGUAUCGAAAUAUCACGACAAAACAUCAACCGCUUUGUACGUAUUUUGUUUCCACCGAGAGCCGAAUUCCUGUCAAAAUUUUGUCAGCAGGGCUUUGAUGAUGCACUGCAAUUUCUGCAUCGUAACAACUUAAUUAACUGCAGACGUUGUGUAGCCGUUCAGUCCACAUAUGUAGUAUCUGAGACUGUUGCAUCAUCCCUAGAGACUGAGUCAGAGUGUCGUGAAUGCAAAAAACAUAGAACGGAUGCAUUGAGUUCCAACUUGCCAGAAACAGUAAUGGUGGUUAUACAAGACUAUAUAGAGCAGGCGAACAAAGGCUUGGCCAAUUGGAUUUUCAAGCAUCGGAGCAUGAAAUUGCUUUCACUGCCAGCUACCGUACCGAUGGACUUUUUUCUGGCUACAAUUUCAAAACUCACCACUCUCACGCCAAAAUUGACUAAACGAAUGUGUCACAUAGUAGAAGAGUUUAUUGAUCAGCUGAACAAUACUAUGACAGUUCGUUUUCUUAACAAAUUUACGCUUUACGAUCAGCCUCAUUUCGAUGCGACUGGCCUAUUGCAUUCCAACCAUAUUUGUGGGCCACGGGUUUCAAUUCUGGUAGAUGAAGGUGUCACAACCCCAUUAGGCAGAGAAGCUGGGCAUGUUCUUGAGAUGUCUACGCACUGCGACUCGCUAUAUUCGUAUUAUUAUACAGAUGUCAAUACCAACAAACUGCAAGUUACCGAAAUAUUCGAUAUUGAAGACAUGACGAACCAGGAACUAUGCACCAAUUUGCAAGCAUAUGAUAGGACAGCGGAACAUCUGUCUGUAGCACAUCGGACAUAUAACACUGAAUGGGAUGGCAUAUAAGCUGUUCUGAUUGUAUUACAGUUUAAAUUAUGCCAACGACAUCUGAACUACACGACGUUGCCUUUUAAAAACUUCCGCGAAAUCUUAUUAAAAAUCAAAUUUCUGUUGUAAAGUUAAACAAUCAUCCAUUGAAGACAAGUGUCACGCAACCAUAUUCAAAUAUCCUGAGGCUGAAAAAAGUGUAACUAUUUAGUAUAUAUGAAUUAAAUGUACAAUUUCAUACACAAAUUAAAAUUAGUCUCUAUAAUUAGUAAUACGAAUCCCAAAGUUGCCUGUAGCCAAACAUUUCGUAGUUGCACCUAAAUUAAGUUUUGAAAACAUAAAAAAAAUUUCAGUAUGAUUUAUUCUCUAAGUUAUGAGUACAAAGUAUCAUAUUGUAAUAAGUAAAUAAAUUAAUUAAAAUUUAAAUGUAAAAUUAAUUUAAAUUAUUAAAAUUGACACUAGGCUUAUGUGUAAUAAAAAAGCAUUCAUAUAAAUAUAUAUAUGUGGAAUUCAUAUAUAAUACUUGUGUAAUUAUUCUUAAGUUCGUUCUAAUCCAGCUCGGAAAGAAUUACAAUUUUUUUAAAUAAAAAACCUUUGCAGGGACCCGCGAUCACUGUAAGUUUACGGAAAACAUA